GAGAGACAGAGAGAGAGACAGAGAGAGAGAGAAAGAGAGGGAGAGAGAGAGAGAGAGAGAGAGAGAGAGAGAAAGAGGAGAGGAGGGGAAACAGCUCUGACAUAUUUAACACAGACUCCCAUUCUCAACAUACUCACACACACUGAGACAGACAGCAGACAAAACUCACAGCACAGUCUCUGACAGGUAGGUAGACUUCAACACAGACAGACAGACUCUCUCUCUGAGACGGACGGCAGGCAGCAUGUUUCUGUGGUGGCUCCCCCAGGCAGUGUGUCUGGUGUCGCUGACUCUUGGGUACGAGGACGAUAUCGAGGUGAACUAUGGUGACAGUUACUACAACGAGAUCACAGAGGGAGAGCCACUGGAGCCCACGGCUAUCCCAACCCAAGCCCCCUGUAAGGUUACAGAGAUGACUAAAUGGGACAAGCUCUUCUCCAUGCUGGAGAACUCUCAGAUGAGGGAGAACAUGCUUCUGCAGUACUCCGAUGACAUCAUCAAGGUGGAGUUGGGGUCGCUGCGUGGAGAAAUGCUAAGGUUCGUGGCUCAGUACGGAGGGGCCUGUGGCGUUGCGGUGGAGACUGCUGGACGGAGGAUGUCCAUGCAGAUGGAAGCUCGCCUCAAGGAGAGCCUGGAGCAUCUCAGGCAAGAUCGGAGCAUUGCUGCUGGGAAAUCUGCAGGUAAUUCUGGGAAUAGCCACCAGGAGACGCUGUUACAGCAGCUCCUCCACGCGGCGCGGACACAGGCUUCCCGACUCGUCAAGCUAGAAAAUAUCUGCCUGAGUAAUCCAGGACCCAUAACGCCACCAGAGGCAAAGCGGGAAGACCUGCAGCAGGAUGUGGUGCCAGCAGAGAUGCUGGUUGCCCUGGUGACAGAGCUGGCGAAGACGAGGGCAGUUCUGGAACUAGCGUUCAAGUCGGCACAGCAACGACACCUGCCCGCAGGCUGUGAGACCGCUCUUCUCUUCCCUAUGCGUUCCCCUCGUAUCUUCUCCUCGGUGACACCAGACCUCCCUCUCUCUCUCUCUUCCUUCACCGUGUGCCUGUGGGCCAAGCCCGUCUCCGUCUCCAACAGAACCGUGCUGUUCUCCUACGGAACCAAACGGAACCCCUAUGAGAUCCAGCUCCUUCUCAGUGGAACCAGGGCUCUCUUCACCGUGGGGGGAGAGGCUCACCUGGUGGAGGGGCGGGGCGUGGUGAGAGGAGGAAUUUGGACCCACAUAUGUGGGGCUUGGAGCUCUGAGCAGGGCAUAGCGUCACUGUGGGCCGAUGGACACAGAGUGGCAUUCACACCCGGGGUGGCUGAGGGCCACAUGUUACCCGAUGGAGGCUCCCUCCAGCUGGGGCAGGAGAAGAACGACGGCGGGGUCUCUGGAGGGUCAGGUGGCAGUGGGAGUCAGAUGCCUGGGUUUGACGGAGGCUUCGAUGCCAAGUUGGCGUUCGCUGGGAAGAUGACAGGGGUGAACAUGUGGGACAGCGUGCUGACGGAGGAGGAGAUAUCCCAGCUGGCUUUGCAGGACGGCGAGGGGUGUGAGCAGAGGGGGAACGUAGUUGGGUGGGGCUUGACGGAGAUCGUGCCUCACGGGGGUGCUCAGUUCAUCAACUAACUCUGAUGACGUUUUCAUCAUCAUCCUCAUCAUCAUCAUUUAAAUGAACUCUAUCAUCACCAUCAUAAACUAAGACCUGCAGUGCAGAACAGCCCAACCGGCUGAGACUGCGACAAUAAUGUGAACAUAAACAACAACAACAACAACAGCAGCUCCCUUUAAUGGUUAAUGAGACUGUGACAAUAAUGUGUCCUGUUGGAGGAGUGGUUCCCAUUUAAAGAAGCAGGAGAGUGGCAACACACACACACACACACGCACACGCACACGCACGCACACACACACGCACGCACACGCAAGUCAGAUGCCUGGGUUUGUGAACAUGUGUGCGUAACAAUAAUGUGAAAAACCAACACAUACACACACGCACACACGCACACACACACACACAUACACACACACACACACACACACACACACACAC